UAACAUAACCUCAAAAUUUGCUCCUCACGAUCCAAAUUUUGAAAAGUUCAAGUACUUCAAGUUCGGCCAAAAAGUGAAGAAUAAUUUUCGAAAAGAGUUUGACAGACACGCAUCGAUCACACGUCACUUUCCGAGUUGAUGUUCAACUUUGGCACUUGGAUGUUGUCGCAUGGCGAAAGUUCACCGCCUAAAUUUCCUGACUUUUCGUCGGCUACGAAAUUGUCGAUCAGCAGAAUCUCCUUGGAUCACUAAUUAAUUAUAUUCAAAUUUUUUUAAAUUUACACAAUUUACAAACAAGAGGAGUGGAAAAAUUGCUGUCCCGACGAUGAACGAAACGGUUCCCAACCUGGUGACCACCUACGCGUUUAAAGGAGGCAAGGAAUAUGUUUUGAAAAUGAGGAUCACAGCACUUCGCGGAGGUUGUCAACGGAGCCUAGAACUUUCGGUGACGGAUAAAUACACUGGGGAAGAUUGGCACUCGUCUUAUGACAAUGCUUACAUAGAAAAUUUGACUCAUAAAACUGGAAAUUACAAACAGUUCAAUGUCUUCGUAGCGAUGCUGCAAUCCGGUCUACUGAAAACUAGUGAAUGUAUCAGUCUUGACCUUCUGACUUUUGAAGAUUUGGAACUUUUACGUUCUCGGCGGGCUGAAAACUCUUCUAAUCCUACAAUUAAUCACAGGGGGAGUAAUCGACGGUAUCUCAUUCUCACUUAUACAGUGGAAUUUGAUCGAAUCCAUUAUCCAUUACCUUUGGAGUACUGCGGACCUCCAGAUCCAGCAAUUUUACAAGCAACUAUCCGGAGACUUGAGGCUGAAAUAGAAAAACUAAAUUCAACAGGAAUAAACAAAGAACUGCAAAAAAGGGCCGAACAACUAACACUAGCCAAUCGAAAACUUAUCCAGGAAAAUCAAAAAUUAGCCUCUGGAAAAGGAACUCGACACUUGUUGAAUGCAAUAAAAGCUCUGGAGAAAAACGUUGCAGAGGAGCGGGCAUCCUUCCGAACCCAAAUUCAAAAAUUACGAACCGAAAAUACAGCUCUCACUCUCAAAGUUCGACAAUUAACUCAAACAGUUAAUAGAAAACCAGGAGAUGGAAGUCCAGCUUCGAGAAGACGAGCAACUCCUCCUUGUUCUUCUCAAAGUUUACGAAACUGCAGACGAAGCAGAAGUCCCUCCCCAUCAUUUUCUGGUCGAAUAAAAACCUCCAGUUUAUCCCGAGGAUCCUCGGUCGAGUCGAGAAAAUCUUGCAGGUCGCAAGAAUCUCCACGUCGAAAUGUCAAAAAAUCGGGUCGAUUUAAAACUAAAGAAAUCGAUUUCCGAAACCUGGAAACGAGGAUCCAAACUCUGCAAAAAAUGCUUCGCGAGGGAAUAAAAUUAUACUAAAGACAUUUUCAUUUGUAUGUACAUGUAUAUCCUAAUAAUAUAAUAUACAUAUUAUACUUUAA